AUACAUAAGAAAUUAUUUCUACAAAUGCUGUAAAAAGAAUGCCUUCAGAAGCCAUUAAAUGCAGUUUACAUCUUAAAAGGAUCGGUCAGUUUCAUUGUCUUCUUUGUCAAUCUUGAUCGGAGCUCACAGACUAAGUCUAUAAGCCUGCAUGUGCCUGGCAACUGUUACCUAGUGACAGUUUCAGCUGCAGUAGCCAUUGGCUGUGCUGAUUGGGGCAGGAGGACCGAGUCACCUUUCUGAUGGUGAGUUCUUCUGCAUCAGCUCUGGAUGAGGAGGAGGAGCAGACUCUGGCUCAGGUGGAAGCAGCGAGACUGAGAAACUGUAAAGACUCCCGGCAGCAUCUUGAUAACUGCAUCACAGUAAAUUGGACUUCUGAAUCAAGCAGCCCCGAUUCACAGCUGAUAUGAGUGAAUUCGCAUGAGAAGCAUUACCUUAUUCAUGUAACAAGAAAACUAUUUUGUGAUAAGUGAAACUCAGCAUGUCCAAGGAGGAGUAUUCUGUGGCUGACAUAAAAGAAGGACUUCCCUGAAUGAUGUGCUGCUGCACGAGAAAAUAACUUUGAAAAGAAUGCUUUCUUUUAAGCUGCUACAUUGUUCCUGAAGGAAAUGUUUUCAUUUCUAGUGCAUGCUAUUUCUUGAAAAACUAUGCCAACAAAGAGUGACAAGAGACUUUCUGAAUUGCUUUUUGGGGGAAAGACUUUGGCAAAUGUUAACCUGGUGCCAGAAUGACCUUGGAAGCCUUUUGGAUGGAUUCUGCCCUGCCAGAAUCACAGUAUGUCAAAGCCCAGGAUUUAAACACAUCUUGAUGUGUUGAAAUAUUUUAAAAACAAAGACUAUUUCCUAGCCUACCUGAUGGCCCUUCUUUAAUUGAGUUUUUGCUUAAAAUAGAAUACAGAAACAGAAGAGGCAUUUUCUUAACAUAUGGCUGCUAAUAACUGCAAAUAUAAUAAAACAAGCUCAUCCUCCUCCUUUAUCCCCCAAAGCUGAGAUGUGUCACUGGUGAACUAAGGCUGAGGAAGAGCCCUGAGCACACUGUGAGAUGCUCAGCUGUAGUACAGGCAUUGGCACUUUCUACUGAAGCAGGUUCUCAGACACUGAUUUGCCGAGUGUCUGGCACAGGCACCUGCUUGCUGCAGCCAAAGCUACAAAUUUUCCUAAUUCCAAGCCAUGAAUGAAUCCAAGUGGACUGAAUGGAGGAUCCUGAACAUGAGCAAUAGCAUUGUGAAUAUGUCCGAGCAUCAUUCCUGCCCACUUGGAUUUGGUCACUACAGUGUGGAGGAUGUUUGCAUCUUUGAGACAGUUGUUAUUGUCUUGCUGACAUUUCUAAUCAUCGCUGGGAAUUUAACAGUCAUCUUUGUCUUUCAUUGUGCUCCACUGUUACAUCAUUAUACUACCAGCUAUUUCAUACAGACAAUGGCAUAUGCUGACCUCUUCGUUGGAGUUACCUGCUUGGUUCCUACUCUGUCUCUUCUACAUUACUCUACAGGUGUCCACGAGUCAUUGACUUGCCAGGUGUUUGGAUAUAUUAUCUCAGUUCUAAAAAGUGUUUCUAUGGCCUGUCUUGCUUGCAUCAGUGUGGAUCGCUAUCUUGCAAUAACCAAGCCUCUUUCCUACAAUCAACUGGUCACCCCUUGUCGCCUGAGAAUUUGCAUUAUUAUGAUUUGGAUUUACUCCUGCCUAAUUUUUUUGCCUUCUUUUUUUGGCUGGGGCAAACCUGGUUACCACGGUGACAUUUUUGAAUGGUGUGCCACAUCUUGGCUCACCAGUGCCUAUUUUACAUGCUUUAUUGUUUGUUUACUUUAUGCUCCUGCUGCCUUGGUUGUCUGCUUCACUUACUUUCACAUUUUCAAAAUUUGCCGGCAGCACACCAAAGAGAUAAAUGAUCGGAGGGCCCGAUUCCCUAGCCACGAGGUAGAUGCCUCUAGAGAGGCAGGACACAGCCCCGACCGUCGCUAUGCCAUGGUUUUAUUUAGGAUAACCAGUGUAUUUUACAUGCUAUGGCUUCCGUAUAUUAUUUACUUUCUUCUAGAAAGUUCUCGUGUCUUGGACAAUCCAACACUGUCCUUUUUAACCACUUGGCUUGCUAUAAGCAAUAGUUUUUGUAACUGUGUAAUAUACAGCCUCUCCAACAGUGUUUUCCGCCUUGGGCUCCGGAGACUUUCUGAAACAAUGUGCACAUCUUGUGUGUGUGUGAAGGAUCAGGAAGCACAGGAUCCCAAACCCAGGAGACGGGCAAAUUCCUGUUCCAUUUGAAGAGAACUGCAUAGUAAAUCAAAUGUAAUGUGACAGUGGUUUUGGAUUGUAUUCUUGAUUUAUUUGGAAAUUUUCCCUAGAGAAAUGUUUAUGUGAAUAGUUGACUAUGAAGUGACAUUAAAGGUCUCUUUUAUUUCCUUUUGUGCAAGAAAAAAAGCAAAAGGGAAGGAUGUAUGGAGAAUAAUCUCGUAAGAGAAUUACAGCUUGUGAAUACGUGUUCAGUGUUUGAUCCUCAUUACUGAGGAUCAAAGAGGUACUUCAGAUCCACAAAAUAUGAGCGCUUCUUAGCAUCUCUUUUUCUACAUUCUCUCUGCCUAUGUCUUUGUUUUCUUUAGUCUUAUUCUGUAUUUUUACUCUUUGUACUUGUAGGAGUUCAUUAUUUACUAACCUGUCCUUUAUGAAAAGUGCACGUACUACAUAUAUGAGGCCAAGUAUAACCUUUCCAUCAUAGCACUGAGACAUGCAGUCUACAUCAGUUGUGUUUUAUUUAGGGAGAGUACACAGUAAGUGUUACAUUUUAUUAUUUUUCAUACUGCACGUGUUUAUGUUCUUGUCAUCUUCACAGCAAAGAUUCUCCACUACAAACAGAAAGGAACAAUAUCUUUUUUUUUCUUUUGUAAAAGGACUUUUGGUUUCUUUUCCCUUUCUCCAACACCUGCAAUUGCCAAAUCAGUAUUUGAUUCCUGUGGAACAAACUCUGUAAGUGUCUUAGCUGAUGAACAAAUAUUCUAUAUAAGGGAGUCAAGGUGUUAAAUAAGGUAUUUUUUCUAAUAAAGAAAUCUAGUAGCUAAAAGAUUGUGUUUAAUACUUUGAUGGAUUUUGGAAACAUUUUAGCUGCUUUCUUUGAAGAUUGUUCAUGUGCCUAAAGUCUUUUUUGCUAUAGUAAGGUUUUUAUCUUUUCUCUUUAAAGUCCAGAAUAUUCCUCACGCAGAUGCAGAAUACUCACCUCUGAUAAAUAUCACUCUUUGUGCUACUUAUAAUGCCCUUUAGAAAAAGUCAAACACCGAGAUUGCGUUUUAGGUCUGCAACAACUUAUUUCACGUCCACUACUUAUUUUUAUGUAUGGACU